AUGGGGAAGCAAAACAAUGACCCUCUUGUCCACUCCUCCAUUGCUCUCCUGCAGGAGAGAUUCAGACAAUUACAGAGAGUUAAAGAGCAAAGGGAAGAAAGAGAGCUCAUGAGAGCUCCGGCAGCUCAGGGGGAUCGCCUUACCUCCAGCGCUUUCUGCGAGCAACCCAACUUGUUCUUCCACCCGGAUUUGGUUCGUCCUUCCAGGCCUCUCCAUGCUACUCCAUCCCAACAGCUCGAUGUCCGAGGCAAUCAUCCUGAAUUCGAGGUCCUGGAGACAUCACUGUCCAUGAGCCUCUGGCCCAAUAAGCCCAGAGCUAAUGGCUCAGCUCACCGCAAUGAGACGGAUGUUGAUACUUCCCUUCACCUGUGA